UGAAAGUAAAGAGUUGUCAGCCCUUGCUGUAGCAUUUGAGGCAUUCCUUGAUCUGAUUGCUCCAUUAAUUAGUGAUGAACGACAGAUGAAGAAUCUAAUAGAAAAUGGAAGAUUUCUUUGAGAAAUAUGGUGGAAAUAAUAAUCAUGAUAUUCAAAGUGAUGCCAGAAAGAAAUAUGAUGAAUAUUAUGCUGCAGAAGAAGAGAUUAAUGUUAAUUUGAAUAUAUUUGUUGUGAAUAUGGAGUUAUCUUAUGGUGGUUUGAAUACUGUAGAAUACCAAAUAGGCUACCCAAGUGAUAAAGAAUAUGCUGAGCAGGGUGGGGAUGAAGAUUUACCAUUAGGUCUGGAAUUUCAAAAUCACCUGAAAUGUUUCAUUAACCCAAAUACCAGGAAUCCUGCACUGAGAUAUAAGCUAGCUGAGAAAUUGGUGAUGCAACUCAAAAUAUCCAGUAAUUUAAACAACUUAACCGAGAAACAAAGAUUAGAUCAAACAGAGUUGGAUAUCAAAUGUCUAAAAUUACUCCGUGGUUUAAUACAUAAUGAAAUAAUCAAACUACCAGUAGAUUGGGAAGUAAAUAUGAAAGCAAACAGCAGACAACUAGAAGUAAUAGAAUCUGUCCAGAUAGCCAUUAAUUCAUAUGGUGUUGUUGAUAGUGUCAGUACACAUCUGUCUAGUUCAGUUGAUGACAUAGUACGAGAAUUAUUAGCUUUUAUGUGUGCGUUAUUAUUUGGUGGAAAUGAAGCAGUUCAGAAUAGUCUGUUUGAGUAUUUUACUGGAACAAGAGAAGAGACAUUCUUUUUUGCUAUAAAAAAUAGAAUGCAACUAUCAGCCUUAGCAACCAGAGAAAAACGUCUCCUAAAUGCUCAACAUCAAGCUAAGGUUGAUGAAAUGAUCGCUCAAACUAAAGCUUUACAGAAAGCCAUGAAAGAAGGUGCGGUUCCAGCGGAUGCAUUUUUAGCUAGUCAUCUUGGUUCUAUGUUAUCUAUGGCCAAAUCUCGCUCUAGUUUAAAGGGCUCAUCCUUAUUUAAGAAAACUAACAAGCUUGGAAUUCCAGAGCCCAGGUAUGGUAAAGGUCGUUCCCCAAGAGGAAGUCAGUUAUUAAUUGCACCACCUAAUUUGAUGAAGAAUGGAAGUGCUGUAUUUUCUGAUUCUGGGAAAAAAGACAUAGUGCCCUUUUCCAAGAAAAAGUCUUCUGUGGCUCCAGCCAAUGAAGAAGAAGUGGACAUUAAGAUUGAUCAAUUAGAUGAAGAAGAGUUAGCUGAGUUAACGAGCUAUGCUGUACAGAUGACAGAUGAUUUAGAUUUUAAAGAUGAUGGUUAUUUGGAAUUAGUAUUACGAGUUUUAGGUUUAAUGUGUGAUAAUCAACAUAACGGUAUUCAGAAUUAUCUACGAGAACAGCCUGAUAAUAUUAAAUCUGUGAACCUUGUUGCAGAAACGACCAAGUUUCUCAGUAUUCUGUAUUCAAGUAUUAACAAUAAUACUAUUUCACUCAUUAUAGAAUUAUUUGAUACAUUGGUUGAAUAUACUUCUGGUAAUUUCGAUAAUCAGACUGUUGUAUUUGAUAAUAAGAUCUGUGAUUAUAUCAAUCAUAUUCUAAGAUCAGAAAUUUACAAAGGUUGUAAAUUGGAACAGAUUUAUACGCUAAAAAAGUCAAUAGCUACGUUAAUACGAUCUUUAACAGAAGAAACUCCACCAGUUAAUGUCGAAGAUGAAACUACAUUAUUACAAAAACAACUUCAAGAUCAAACGUGUUCGGAAGUGUAUGAAUAUUUAGAUAAAGCAUCUUUAAUUAAUGCCAUGAUAACAACCUACAAAGAUUUACAGUCGACUAAUAAAGAAUGUCAAGAUAAUGAAGGGUUGUUAACAUCGGUGGGUUUCAUGUAUCAUCAUUUAUUAUGUCGUAGAAUUGAUCUUCAUGGUGGUGCUGAGCUGGAAGAACAUUUAAAGACUGAUGAUGCUAAGACAGCAUGGACAUAUUUUUCUAACAGUUCUCUAUCAAUAGAGAUUAUAAAGGAUGAUAUAUUACAAAAAAUUUACUUUAUGGUUAAAGAUAAGAAUGUUCUUCGUGAAGAAAUCAAAGACAAGUUCAAAUAUGAAGUUGAUCGUACCAGUCCCAGCAAUAAAUUACGAGAUUUUAUGGAAUGGUCAAGUGAUAUUAUUGAUGAUAUUCGAUACCAAAGAAAAAUUAAUUCCAUUCCGUUAGCUAGAUUCAUUGUUAAAAUAUGGCCUUAUUUAAAUGUGAUAGCAUUAUUAUUAUCGGUUAUAAUAGCUGUGAUGAUAUUGAUAACAUGGAAGGCUUCUGGCAUUGUGUCUGAUGCUGUACCUGAUACAAGUGAUUACCCAUUUACAACAGAGGCCACUUAUAUUCUGGGUGGCAUGCAUAACCUAGUUUCACUUCUCAUGUUUAUAAGUUAUCUAUUAUCAAAUCAUCCGAUAUUACCACAUUGGACAGAUUUUACAGCCAUGUUCAAAAGGAAGAAAGAAGGGGAUGUAGAUAAGAAGAAAUCUGAAUCACAUCUUCAUGUUAAACUGCUUAGUUUUACAACAUUUUACUAUCUUGCAUUUUUAAUAUUUUCUGUGGCAGGAACUGUUUUCCAUGGUUAUUUCUUUUCGUUCCAUCUUCUACACAUGGCGAAGUUAAAUCAACUGUUGAUUCGAGUUACUCAAGCUGUUACUAGGAAUGGAUUGUCUUUGAUAUUGGUUGGUUUAAUGGGUCUGGCUAUCAUAUAUAUACAUGCCCUGGCUGCCUUUGCUUUUUUCCGUGACAUGUUAGACAGUAAUGAAGGAAGACAAUGUGAUACUAUGUUUCAAUGUUUUAUUACUGUUAUACAUCAUGGUCUCUCAGAUGGAAUGUAUAAUACAUUUGAACAGAUGCUUACUGGUAAAUCAUUUGCGGUUUCUGCAGGUGUAGCUGCCUAUGAUGUCAUCUUCUUCAUAAUUGUUACAACCAUUGGUCUGAACAUUAUCUUUGGUAUCAUUGUCGACACCUUCUCUGAAUUGAGAGAUUCAAAGUGGCAAAUUGAUAAUGAUAUGAAGUCUAAUUGUUUCAUAUGUAGUAGAGAAAAUUAUGAUUUUGAAAGACAAGGAAAUGGGUUUGAACACCAUGUAAAAAAAGAACACAAUCAAUGGGCUUAUUUAUUCUUUUUUAUUCAUUUGGAAGAAACUCGACCCAAUGAUUAUUCUGCAUUAGAACUCUAUGUGAACAAUCUGCGAGUAAGAGAGAGCUUUGAAUUUUUCCCAAUGAAUCGAGCGUUGAGUUUACAACAUGAAGAAGAUAGCAGUGCCAAAAAAUUGGAAACGCUGAUGAGUCAAGUGGAUUAUUUAGUGAAUAAAAUGAAAGCUACGGAGGCAGAAAAAGAAAGAGAUAAAGAAAAACAGCGACAAAAGGAAUGGGAAAAAAAGCAUAUUAAAUGUGAAUAAAUUGUGCUGAAAUGUUUGUGAUGACUUUUUGAGUUGUGGAGAGACAUUGAAAACAAUCUCUUUAAAAAUCUGUGAUAUGAAAUGACUCUACAAGAAAUUAUUGUAGAUAUUAUAUGAUGACUUUUAAAAAAACUUUGUAUCAAAGAGUAUAACUAUUGUUAUUUGUUCACAUAAUUUAUUUUUUGUUACAAAUAUUUAUCUGUUGUUUUUUUUUUAAUAUUUAUUUUUACAGUUGUAAAUAUUUUCGUGUCAUUUCAUACAUUUUGUAAUAUUCCUUGAGUUCCAUCUAUUAUGUGAUGUGCAUUUUUGUGAAUAUGAAAUUGCUUUUGAUUUAGAUUUUUAUAUGGUAUUUUUAUAGCCUAUUGUAUUUUUAUAGAGAUUAUUUCAUAAAUCAUUAUAACAUGUAACUAAAUCUAAAGUGACUUUAACACAAAAUAUGAAGUUAAUUCCCUAAUUUCUUUUACAUAAUAAUAUGUUGAUUUAGUGCAUUGUUAAAGAAAUGGAACAUGCUUUUGAAGUAAUAAAGAAGUUUCUUUGACUCAGAAAAUCUGAAUACACUAAUACUAUUCCAUUCAAAGAGGUUUUAAAUAAGACUUUUGAUUCUUUUUAUUAUAAAAUUUUUAAAUGUCCAUCCUUAAUUUUGCCUGUAAAAUAAUACCGAUAAUUGCCUUUGUGAUAGUUUUAAUAAGAAAUUCUGUACAUAUAUUAUAUCUUGCCUGAAUUAUAAUAUGAUAUUUUUUUAAAUAUAAAAUUUUAACAAAGGGUACUUAAAGAUCCAUUGAAAACCUAAGGUCAUGUUUUGAUACUACUGACAGUGUAAAAGUAUAAUACAUUUAGCUUUUGUUUUUGUAGUACAAUUUUUAUUCUUUAGAAAUGUUUGCUUUGAUGAAGAUUUAAAUGGUAAUCUUGAUUUAUAAAAAUGCCAAUAAUAAAAAAAAUAUGGCAAUACUGUUUUUUUUAAGACAUAGAUAUUACUUUAUUGUGAAGAGAAAUUAAUCAUUCAGAAACUAGGAAUAUCACUAAUGCUGGCCAUUUUGUCAUUUGAAAAUAUAAACAUUAUUAUUUAUCCAAUACGUAGGCUUAGAAGUCUUUGGUUGGUUUCGAACACCAGUGUCAGUUGAUGAGAGCUUUUGAAUUUUCAGAUUUGGUUCUACUAACAAAGCUUGCCAAAACUGGCACCAGUUAGGUUAAGGAAAGUGUGUCUGGAUAAUGCAAAAAGCACAUAGAAGGUUCCUUUUCAGUUGGAUCAAUAUUAAGACGAGUAUGAGGCCCUGGCAAAACUCGAUCUCACAUUGCAAGGUAGCCAUAGAACAAAAUUAGCUUACUUUAGUCUCAAAGUGACCUAAUUAAAGUGUAUUGGUUUCAUAUCUACAUGAAAUAUAUUUUUUGAUUUAAUAAAACAUUUUAAAAGCUA